CAUGCACACUUUUCUGCCCGUUGAUAAUAUAUUUAUGUUAUUAUCUAUCUUCACACUCGCUCGAACGCACGCGCCCGCGCCUUCGCACAAUCGGUUUAUUAUGUUCAAAAAUAUGCGUAGUUUGAAGCACUGUUGAUGGUUCAUCUUUUUAAAAUUAGUUAUCAAAAUGAUGACUGAUGAAAUCACAAAGCUGCUUACGUUCCCUUUUUUAUCACGGAUGUUGGCUACCCCUAAUUCUUUUCGUGCUUUCAUUUGUUUCUCGUUUCCUUUUGAUGUGACGUUCUGAAGUUAAGUGUUUGAAUUUACAUUUUAUCUGUCUCCGUGUCGAAUGUUGUUAUCUUUUCGGGGUCUCGCGCAGUCGGCAUCUGAAAUCGUGCUGCAGUAGUCGAUGUGGCAGUUCUUGUGGCAGGAAGAAAUGAAUGAAUAUUACAUCAGACUAUCAUUGAAGUACAGAGAGAGAAUAUGAUUAAAGGAGUUGAGCAAGUGCAAUGGGUCUGAAAGAUGCAGGAUUGUUAAGAAAGUGUGUGGGAAAAACUUUCUUGCCCACACUAUUUUUGGGUAUACUAUGUGGAUUUAUUUUUGCUUACAUUUGUUUGAAAAUUGAGUCGUUUGGGGAGUUAACUUUUUGUAGUGGAGAAAUGGAUAGUCAACAUCGCCAUGAUGCACAUUCCUUUGGUGAAAUGGAAAACCUGGCAGAACCAGAAGUUGAAUCAUUUGGAUUCCAUAAAUCUGAUGAAGAAUCUCACAAAGGUGAAGAUGUUGUUGCCCGCAAAAUGGCUGAAGAAGUCAGAGUUCUUUGUUGGGUUAUGACUUCUCCUUCUAAUCAUAAAAAGAAAGCUCGACAUGUAAAAGCAACAUGGGGGAAAAGGUGCAACAUUUUACUUUUUAUGAGUAGUGAAACAGACAAUGAUCUUCCAGCAUUGAAAUUACCUGUGAAAGAAGGCAGAGAGAAUCUUUGGGGAAAAACAAAAGCUGCUUUUGAACAUGUUUACAAACAUUACUUGGAUAAAGCAGACUGGUUUAUGAAGGCUGAUGAUGAUACAUAUGUGAUAGUAGAAAACCUUCGUUACAUGCUUUCUUCUCAUAAACCAGAUGAGCCUACAUAUUUUGGAUGUCGAUUUAAACCAUAUGUAAAGCAAGGUUACAUGAGUGGAGGAGCAGGUUACGUUUUAAGCCGAGAAGCUGUUAAAAGAUUGGUGGAGAAGGCCUUGCCAGACAAACGAGGUUGUCGUCCCGACACCCAUGGAGCAGAGGAUGUUGAAAUAGGGAAGUGUCUCGAAUAUGUUGGUGUACUUGCUGGUGAUUCCAGAGACGCUGAAGGUCGUGGGCGAUUCUUUCCCUUUGUUCCUGAACACCAUCUAAUUCCAGGCCAUGUAAAUUCGGAUUUUUGGUAUUGGAAAUACAUAUAUUAUGAAAGCAAGGAGGGCCUCGAGUGUUGCUCUGAUAGCGCAAUAUCCUUCCAUUACGUGUCACCAAAUCACAUGUACGUCUUGGAGUACCUGAUCUACCACCUGCGGCCCCAUGGAAUAUCUCAUUAUGUUCAAGACACAAAAGGAAUUGCCAAUAGGACAAUGGUGACUCAAGUAAACCAAUCCAAGGAGACUUUUGGAAACACAACUAAUCUUCCUGACUAAGUGCUGAAUGAAAGAAAUAGACGUAAUGUAUUUGCAGUGUACCUGCUAAAGUUGCAUUUUGGGUUGCUUUUGCUCCUAUUUAAAAACACGCUUUCUUUGCUAAGAACACAAUUAUUUCAUUCACUUUGUUUUCUUGUACACAAAUCUACACCAUUGUUUAUGGUAAUGUACAGAUUUUUUGUUACCCAAUCUAUAAAAGACAUUUUUUAUAACUGUUAUUUUCUUCUAAGAGUGAGGAGAUUGCCUGUUUUUGUUUAUUUUGUUGCCUUUCUUUUCAAUAACAGUGCCUUCCAGUUGUGUACUAUUGUUUGAAGAAGUUAAGAUCUUUGAAAAUUUACGAUUGUUCUUUUAUGAUAGAACCUUCAGAAAAUCGUAAUAUGUUGCAAAUUAACAAAAUCAAUAGUGUAGACACAGUACACGUAUCAAGAUAGUAGCGCAGCUUAGUACGUUUUAUGGCUAGUUAGGGGGUUCGCGCGUAUACAGCUAGCGAUCCUGGUUGGAGGUGAAGUAAAACUACGAAUAACUGCUACUGAAGAAUACCGAUGUUUUUGUGAAAUUUUGUUUAUUAAGAACUGGUUAAACAAUUAAAAAAUAAUUCGUGUGAUUUCUUGCCCUCAUGGUUGACUAGGAUUUCAAGGGCAAGUCAUUAUAUAAAAGGGUAAAUUAAAUAGAACCAAAUUUAACAUAAUUCAAUAGAACUACAUUUAACAUGUAUCGGCCGAAACUGAAUUAUUAUACUUUUCCUGUUAAUACAUUAAUAAUGUGUCGAAAGGGGGUGCACUGUUCUGCACAAAAAGCACUACACAUAGUCUCCCCUGCCAAUCUCUUUCUGCACAUGCCAAUGAAUCCGUCACAAUUGCGCGCGCUGUCAUGUUGGAACAACCCUCCUGGCGAAAGUUACGUUAAAGGCAAGCAAAUUGUAAUAUUUUUUAUUCGUAAGACAGCGACUAUUUCUUUAUUUUCACCGCAAAGAUCAUGAUAAAUAAGGGUAAUUACAAUAGCAGUGCAGGCAAGAUCUAUUACGCUUAAAAUUCAAUCAAGAAAAUUUCUUUGACGGCUAGUGUGUCUAGUAAUAAAAUAGAGAAUAUCUUUCUUCCUUAUUGUGUCACUAUAAAAUCAGUGCACACAAGCCCUCUUGUCUGUAUUUAGAAUUAUAGUUCAUCGAUUAACCUAGUUUUCCUUUUUGAGUGAAGGCAAAGUUGCAUAUUAAGAUUCGCCAUUUAGAAAAUGUAAAAUAAAAAGUACAUCAAGUGCUAGUGUUUGUUUAUAAUUAUAUCUUUGUAUAUUAGCGUUAGUAGCGAGUUAUUUAUAUUCUUUAAAAACCUCAAUUGUCUCAUGCAGAGUGAAGAUAUGGAAAAAUCCACAUCCUCGAAACGUCGUUGAACAAACUUUGGGUUAUGGGGAAAAAAAGGGUUAAAAUUAUGUGAUUCUGAACUAUAUUAAAAAGUUUUUAAAACUGUCACAAAAUUUGUUGCCACCUCAUUGAAUAUGAUUUAAUGUAAUAGUGACUGACAAUUUCCUGUUUCUUUAUGUAUAAUAUUUAUAGGCACCUUUAUCUUAAAAUUACAGCCAAUUUUGAAUACAUUAUAUUGAAAUAAUAACAAAAGAUGGAACUUACCAUAUUAUUAUCCUGAGUAUUACAUAUUUCCCAAUGUUCAUGUAGAACUAUAACUUUAAUUCUGUUGGUUGACAUCAAUUGGAGGGCAAUAUAAAUAACAUGCAUGUUAUACAAUUUAACCAUUUAUUCAAACAAAGAUAUUGACAAUACAUUAAAAGUGCAGAUCUCUGAGAGGUUGCAAAUACUGGGGAAAAGCAGAAAAAACUGAGGGGACAGACCCCACCUCUUUAAUCGUACGCCAGCCAAAGACGUGCGAUGAAAAUCAUCACUUUUAAAAUGUACUGAACAUAAGAACUACGUUUGGGGUCCAGUUUUCCCUAUUCACAGCCGCAAUCCACUUCUUGCGUAUAUGCGGAUCUUUUAGAAAACUGAAGAAACAUCACUUUAAUACGAAUUGCUCAUUUAAAGAUAAUUAUCCAAACAAAUACUAAACUAUACUUACAUGUGCAGACAAUCACUUUACCUCACGACAAACUCUUCUAAAUGUAUACGAAAUAAAAUUCAGCAUUUCGUCACACUUAAUCCGGACGCGGCAAGCCGAAUUGGGUUGUACCAAUAUGGCCGCCGCGCGAACUCGCUGGAUCCGUUGGAAAGCUCUGGGGCGACUCUAGUUUUCUUUGGUUCUGCAAUUAGGUAAAUGCAGCAAUAAUGAAGGGGGAAACAAAUUAUGUUGUUUUUUUACUUGUCCAAUAGACCCGAAAAGGAAAGAUGAAAAUGUAUUACCUCCAAACAUAAAUGUUAUCUCCGAGAUACCCCUACUUAAAGAUUUCUAACUUUUCUGGAUAUUUUCAUGAAUAUUUACCUGAACGAUGUAUUACGAAUGGUAAGGUGGCGUAGUUUUCCUUGAUCGCCACGCGGAUCGCUAGAGGCGCAGACCAAUACGUCACAGGGCAUUUAACACAGCUGCGCUACUGAAACCUCUGCGGUGUAGUGUGUUUGAAUUCCCAUUUUCUUAUUAAAAUUGGUGCUUGAGCUUCUUUGCAUUUUUGCAAGAAUGGUUUAUAGUGAAUGUCAUAAAGUGUGAUUCAUUCAAUUUCGUUUAUCUUCAUCCCAAUUUGCAUAUGCAUAUAUAUAUAUAUGCACACACACACACACACACGUGUAUAAGAUAUGUAUCUUUGAAAUAAUGAAAUAUUGGACAUAUUUCAAGAGAUUGGCUUAAUAAUUGACAGGACACUUACCAAAUUAAAUUCUUAAACAAAAGUCAAAAAUUUGUAGGAUGUCUGUCUCCUCGGCCAGAGUUGUGCGAAUGAUCCUCGCUGCCCCAGUGAUGCCGUCGAAGGCUGUGGUGCUGACGUUUUGACCACCUUGAAUCGACAUUGACUUCCAGUACAAAGAUACCAAGGUGCUCACCUGAGACGACCGGUGGUGGCCGAGAUGGGCUAAAGAUGCCUUGGAGAUUGCCCAAUUCCUCCAUAACGUCCAUGGUGAUGGAGGGUUCUUCCAAACUACAACUUUGGAUUUCGCUCUAACAGCCGGUGGUAGAGACAAACAGGAUGUAAAAAUGAAAAUAUAAGAGGAAAUGCGGCGGCGAUGGUGUAACGGUUAGCGUGAGAGACAACCUUCUGCAGUUUCAACAACGAAAUGAGAGACGGCAGAAAUGCAGUUCUGGCGGUGUGAAUUUUCUGUUAUACAGAAUAAGAGAAUGAAAUAAAUUUAAAAAAAUGAAAGUCAACAACCUUGAAUAGGAUGUUGAAAUCAACCAAAAUUUAAUGGGCAUACAAGAAGGUUGCUAUCAAAUAACACUUCCACAAAAACAAAAUUGGAAAUAAAUACCCAAUCGAAGAAUAUAUUGGUGAAGAUAAAGUUCAUGGAACAUGGCAAUAACUGAUGCCUUGUAAGAGAAAAGAAAGAAAAGGACGUGUGGGUUGAAGUGGAAAGGAAAUGGGAUGCGGAAAAUGGCCAAGGCUGUAAAACAACUGCUAAUAGAAAGAACAACGUAACCCAGAAACAAACUAAAUACACAGAUUUAAUUUUUUUUAAAAUUAUUAAAUUACCAACAAUGUAUAAUAAUAACAAUGGUAAUUAUUAAUAAUUACCUGUAGUAUUCUCUUUAGCUAGGUAAUAGUGAAUCAUAGGAAUGAGUAAGCUUUAGAGAAUACUCCAGGUAAAUAAUUAUUACAAACGGUUGGUAAUGUAUAUUUUUGGUUGGGUUGUUUAACUGUGUAGUAUGUAUCUGGUGAUUAGUUUGGUUUGGCGAUUAGUUUUGGUGAUUAGUUUAGUUUGGCGAUAAUUUUUUUUUCUUAUAAUUUUUAAUAGUAAGCGUGGUAUAUUAUUAAGUAAGGUACAUAAUUUCACAAGUAAUAAAUAUUCAGCGCUUACUUACUUGAUAUAACGUACGUCAGUAGUUAAGAGAAAAUACUUGUAUUAUUCAUACAGCAUUGUAGGCUUUCAUGGCCGGAGUCAAUAUUCUUCAUGUCUUCCGGGCUGAAGGGCUGUGGGCC